AUGCGGGUGGAGGAUAUUACUAAUAGAGAAUUAAUAGAUAGCGAUUCCAAUGAUAUUGGUAAUGAGACCUUAGAUCUUAUAUUAAAAAGUUUACCUACACAUAAAUUACCUGAUCCCAAGAAACCUAAUAAUAAACAUAUAUUAGAAAAAUUGGAAAAUAUUCAAGCAGAAGCUAAGUUUAUAGGUAUUAAAGAGUCUAAAACAGAGAUUCAUCUUAAUAUUAAAAAUAAAGCUGGUGUAUAUAUGUUCUUUAAUUUAGUAAAUGGUAAUACAUAUAUAGGGAGUAGUGUUAAAUUAGAUAGAAGAUUUAGAGUACAUAUAAGUUGUAUAGGUUCAGUUAAUUUACAUUUAUACAAUGCUUUUAGUAAAUAUGGGCUUAAUAAUUUUGUAUUUUUAAUUUUACAAUACUGUGAUCCCGUAGAAGAAAUUUGCUUAGGAUUAGAACAAAGUUUUCUUGAUUUAUAUAAACCUAAAUAUAAUAUAUUAAAAAUAGCUGGAUCUUCCCAAGGAUUUAAACACUCUCCGGAUACAAUUGCAAAACUUAAAAAAAGUGCAGCUGGAAAAUUACAUCCUAGAUUUGGGUCUAAAGCUAGUGAAGAACAGAAACUUUUAACAAGUUUAGCUUUAAAAAAAUAUUACAAAGAUCAUGAUCAUCACAGUAAAGGUAAAAAAGGUAAAUUAUCUUCUCAAUAUGGAAUUGGAGGUACUAAUAUUAUUAUGACUAAUGAAUUUAGUGAAACUAUUUCAUUUCCAUCUAUUAAUAGUGCUAGAUUUCACUUCAGAGUUAGAUUUACAACUAUCUCCAAAAAUAUUAAUAAUUCUAUUUUAAUUAAAGGAGUUAAAUGGUUUAUAACAACUAAAAACUCUACCUCGGACAAAGAGUAA